CUUAUUCUGUGUCAUGAUACAAGCUGACUCAACUCUUCAAAUAUGGACUACAUCAACACUACACAGACGGAACCAAAAAACAGCACGAACGUCAGCAGCGUGUUCACACAUCAGGUUCUGCCUGUGCUCUACACCAUCAUCUGCGCUUGUGCCUUCAUUCUCAAUGGACUCACUGCUUGGAUCUUCGUCAGGGUUCCCACCUCCUCAGCCUUAAUAGUUUACCUAAAAAACAUGGUGGUGGCAGACGUUCUGAUGUUGUUUACCUACCCGUGGCGUGUAGUGGGCAACCUCGGUUACGGCGGCUUGCAGUUGAAGCUGAUAGUUUGCCGCUACACAGCUGUGCUUUUCUACCUCAGCAUGUACACAGGAAUAACCUUCAUGAGCCUCAUCAGCUUGGAACGCUACUUAAAAAUCGUGUGCAGUACCUCCGAAGUGUCUUCUUUUCUGCAGCGUGUUUCGGUAGCAAAGGGUCUCGCACUGCUAACUUGGGGCAUCAUGAUGUUCUUCAUGCUGCCGAAUGCCAUAUUAUCCAACCAGCCCAUGCCUAAGGCUUUCUCCUGCAUGGCCCUGAAGAGUGACCUGGGUCAGCACUGGCACGAAAUGUCAGCCCACUUCAACGUUGGAAUCUUCUGGGUGGCGUUCCUGCUGAUGGUGUUUUGCUACACCUCCAUCGCCUAUCAUGUUUACCGCUCUUACAAACGCGUGCAGCAGGACCAGCAAUCUGUAAAGAUUGAGCAACCAAGCAAAACGAGCAUUACCCAUUUGCAAGAUUGA